CACUCGACACGAUCAAUCAAAAAGCAAAAUGGUUUCUUUCACCGCCCUCGUAGCUACGGCUUUGGCCCUCGUCCCUAGCGCAGUCUCUGCACCCAGCGGCGUGGAAUACAGCUCGACGCACAACAGCCUCGCUACUCGCCAGAAUGCUCCAUGGCAGUGGUGGACUGAAGGCAGCGGGCAAUUCAGCUGCCAGCAGCAGGGAGGCGGAAAGUACUCCUGCUCGUGGAAUGGCCAGCAAGGCGGUGGUAUGGUAGCUGGAACUGGAUGGGGAGCUGGUCGCAAGACUGUGCGAUACCAGGGACAGUACAACCCCAAGGGCCCUGGAUAUCUCUCCCUCUACGGAUGGACCCGCAACCCUCUAAUCGAAUACUACAUCAUUGAGUCCUGGGAUGUGCUUGCACCCGGCGAGCCAUGGACACUUCGCAGUAACUUCACAUCCGGCAGUGCAAACUAUGCCUUCUACACCGCACAGCGCGUUAACAAGCCAUCGAUUGAAGGGACAAGGACCUUCACUCAGUACUUUUCCGUGCGAAGCGAAGCCGAAAAGAAGGUCGGAGACGUCAGCGGUACCAUCAACACAGCCGACCACUUCGAUGCUUGGAGCAGGGCUGGUUACCGUCUUGGUAACUUUGAGCAGAACAUGUUCUUCGUCACUGAGGCCUUCGCCAAUGGUACCAAGCUUCCAAGCGGUACGAGCACCAUCACCGUCAGCUAG